CACAGGAUGAUCACACCAUCCCUCACCGUCAUCAGAAUAAAAUAGCGACUAAUUUUGAAGUGGAAGCGAUGAAUGAAGAGGCGUAUGUGAAGGAUGAUGAGCUGUGUAAGAAGGAAGAAGUUUCUCCAGAGAUGGGCACAGCAGUUGGAUGGGAAAACAGCGAAUCUUCAGACUCAUUUCUUAGAUGUAAAACAGAAGACACAGACGUGUCCAAAUCUUCAAUAGAAAUCGGCGUUGCCACAACUCUCCACCUUGAGGGACGUCUUAGUUCAUCUCUAGAUUGUAACUCAGAAGAUGAGAACAUUACAUUUGGCUCUUCAGAAGACAAGCCUCCUAAUCCCAAUCUUCAUCCAGGGCUCCUCAGUGCCCAUCUGUCUCUGGAUCCUGCUACAUGUGAAGGACCUUCUUUUGAAAACGCGAAUGCGCUUGGCUCUUCGGAAGACAAACCUCCUAUUCACAAUUUUCAUCCAGGACACCCCAGUGCCCAGCUGUCCCUGAUUCCUCUUAAAAACAGGGAUACAUUCGGCUAUUCAGGAGAAAGACCUCCUAAUCCCAAUCUUUAUCGAGGAAUCCCUAGUCCCCAUCUGCCUCCAACUGCUCCUACGUGUGGUGGAAGUCCUCUUAGAAACAGGGUUAUGUUUAGCUCUACAGAAGACGAACCUCCUAGUCCCAAUCUUCAUCAAGGAGUCCCUAGUGCCCAUCUGCCACCAACUGCUCCUACGUGUGGUGGGCGUCCUCUUAGAAACAGGGUUACGUUUAGCUCUACAGAAGACAAACCUCCUAGUCCCGAUCGUCAUCAAGGAGUCCCUAGUGCCCAUCUGCCACCAACUGCUCCUACAUGUGGUGGAAGUCCUCUUAGAAACAGGGUUAUGUUUAGCUCUACAGAAGACGAACCUCCUAGUCCCAAUCUUCAUCAAGUACCCCCUAGUGCCCAUCUACCAGCAACUGCUCCUAUGCGUGGUGGGUGUCCAUAUAAAAACAGGGUUACAUUUAGCUCUACAGAAGACAAACCUCCUAGUCCCGAUCUUCAUCAAGGAGUCCCUAGUGCCCAUCUGCCACCAACUGCUGCUACGUGUGGUGGGCAUCCUCUUAGAAACAGGGUUACGUUUAGCUCUACAGAAGACAAACCUACUAGUCCCAAUCUUCAUCAAGGACUCCCUAGUGCACAUCUGCCACCAACUUGUCCUACGUGUGCUGGGCAUCCUUGUAAAAACAGGGUUACUUUUAGCUCUACAGAAGACAAACCUCCUAAUUCCAAUCUUCAUCAAGGACUCCCUAGUGCCCAUUUGUCAUUGGAGCCCCCUAUACGUGGUAGACAUCCUCUUAAGAACACGGAAAAAUUUAGCUCUCCAGUAGACACAUCUCCUAAUCCCAAUCUCCAUCCAGGACUCCCCAGUGCCCAACUGUCACUGAGCUCCCCUAUAUGUGGCGAGCGUCCUCUUGAAAACAUGGAUGCAUUGUGCUCUUCAGAAGGCACACCUCCCAAUCCCAAUCUUCAUCCAAGACUCCCCAGUGCCCAUCUGUCACAGGAUCCCCCUACAUGUGGCGGGCGUCCUCUUGAGACAGUCACAGACGCUCGAGCCGUUGACGCUCUGUUUGUUUGUUCAGGAUGUGUUAAAUGGUUUCUGUUAAAGUUACCUCCCGAAGAGUAUCAGACCAUCAACUCCAACAAGAUUCCGUUCCUCUGUCCAGAUUGCGGCAAGCGUAUCACACAAGACCGGGGUCACCAUAGGCCUCGGAAAGCAGACAAGGAGACCUACGAGUGUUCGGAGUGCGGAAAAAAAUUUGGCUUCAACUCUGAACUCAUCAGACAUCGGCUCACCCACACGGGAGAGAAGCCGUACCAGUGUGUCGAGUGCGGAAAAAGGUUCCGUCAGCGCGGCUCUCUCCGCGAACACCAGAAAAUGCACUACGGGGACAAACCGUUCUCCUGUUCCGAGUGCGGCAGUUGUUUCACCCGCAAAGUAUUUCUCCUCAACCAUCAGCGCACUCACACAGGGGAGAAACCGUUUUCCUGUUCCGAGUGUGGGAGAUGUUUUGCGCAGGAGGCGGUCCUUAUCCGACAUCAGGUGGUCCAUACGGGGGUGAAGCCAUUUACCUGUGUGGACUGCGGCAGGAGCUUCGCCCAUAGGUCCAGUUUCAUGACACACCGGAGGAUCCACACCGGAUUUGAACCCUACCCCUGUUCCGAGUGUGGAAAACGCUUCAAGCAGAAGUCCUACCUGGUUGACCAUUUUAGGCUUCAUACCGGAGAGAAGCCGUAUGGCUGUGCAGAGUGCGGGGAGCGUUUUACCCGGAGGCUGUUCCUGCGGAAACACGAGCAGGUCCACACAGGGAUGAUGUGGUUUCCCUGUCUUGACUGCGGCAAAAGGUUCAAAGAGAAAAGGCUUCUCAAUAGACACCAAAAGAUUCACUCCACCGACAAACCAUGUUCUGCUCCACCAGAGUCCCAAAACUCAGGACUCACCGGACACUGGAGAACUCACGCUGUUCAGGAGCCAUCUUAGGUCCCGGGAGAGGGGACCCUUUUACAGUAGAAUGAAUUGCGACACGUGGGACCUUGGGUGGAGGGUUCUUAGGAGAGAUGGACAUUUUAUUUAUAAAGAGUUUAAGAAAAAAAAUUGUAUUGAUGACCACUGUUCUAAAUUUGCUGUAGGCCCUUGAAGAGUUCUGCACGGCAUACUGUGACUUUCACUUAACCCCUAGCUUUUUUCUUACUAUAUAAAUGACUUCUUUAUGUAGUAAAUCCAAGCCAGCAAUUCGGUGUAGUCUGUAAAAUCCAAAAUCUUUAUUGGCUACAUACGGAAACACACUGGUAACAAGCUAACGCGUUUCGACUGUGACAGCCUUCCUCAUAGCAGUCUGUGGUAAUGUAGACAGAAUAAAAU